CCAUCAUGUUCAGCUCCGAGAACUCGCCAUUGCGUACGACAUGCUUUGGUCAUGGUUGUGGAUUACACACCAGUACAAGUUGACUGGCACGCUGAUCAGUACUGGCGAAAUCGGCGGUUAACACCUGCUCAACUCCAAAUCCAUGACAUUCGCCUUGAACAUGGCAUACGAAGUACCGACGAAAAUGGCAUGCUGGAAAUGCGCGAAGUGUUAUCCUCCACUCUGCUCCCGGCCCUGGAGCAGAGAGAUCAGCUCGCCGAUUCUUUGAAUACAGAGGGCCUGACCAAAAAUCGUAGCGAGCAGGCCCACUUACACAACUUGGCCUCGGAGUACGGCUGGAUGCAGUGCCUGCGCAGCAAGGGAGUCCAGAAAAACAUCAAUGAUCCAGAUGAUUUGAGGAUGUGCCGAUGGAUACACAUAUCGAGCAAAUUUUCAUCGUAUCUCUCUGGCUGCUUUUUUGCCCUUUCAGAUUGGACUUCUAACCCAUCUGAGACGGUUGCCGCUUUGCAUCGGCUUGAGCAUUGCAUUCACCGACAAGAGCGCUUCUCGAAACAUGGGAGGUACUUUGCCCCCUUUUUCGAGCACCUUUUGGAUGGUGACGGAAAGACAAGCCAAGAGAAUGGCCCAAUGCUGCUCAGCGUCCCCUUCCUGGAUUGGUCUGUCGAAGGCACCCCUCCUCCAUUGAGAUUUCAGAUCGACCCGAGAGAGGGAUAUCAAUCUUCAAAAAGCUCCUCGCAUCUUUUAAGAUCAAUCUUACAGCAUUUUUAUCGCCUGGAGGACACUUCAGACCGGGAAUCUCAGCAAGUAUUCACGAGGCACAAACCCUGGCAAAACGACCGCAAUUUGGACUUGAAGGUGCGCCGUUGGUACGGACACUACCCCAAAAGCUUGAACGUGGAUGAGCUGUGGAUUCUAGUCAUAGAUUCUAGACACAUUGUCACCUUUUCGAGUAAUCAGUCGUGGAAAUCUCGCUGGCCUCCUCUGCAGUUAUCCGCACGUAUCAUGGAGAUUUCUUUCCGAGGCAUACGUAACAGUUUCCUCAAUGCUACGACCGAGCAGGACUACACGUCUACAACACAUGUCAUCACUACCCUCAGUGGCGCUUUAGGAAUGCUUCACCGGAGCUUUUGGACGGAUAUAACGCUCUGUCUGUCGGAUCGGUUUGCCAGUUAUCUUGGCCAGCUCCAGUACCGCCUGCACAGGAGCCCGAGUACAAAACUUGUGAUGGAUCUCCUGCAGGUCCAAGAAGAGCUCAACAUCAUCAUCCAGAUUAUGGGUCAGCAGAUUGAACUAGUUCAGAACCUCCAUAAUACUUUGAAAAGAGGCCGCACUAGAGCUCUGUCCCACACCUCUUCACGACACCUAAAGCAGCAUCCUACCGACUCUAUUCCCACCACUGAUUCUGCAACCUACCGCCAACUAUCCUUUAGCCAUCUCUCCGAUCCCUGUGCACAGCUUCUUGAAAAUCUCCAGCGUGAAUACACUGAUCUCUGCGACUUACGCGAGAACUCAAACUCCCUCAUCAACCGCACCAUUCAGCUCGUCAAUAUACGUCUUGAAGAUCAUGGUAAAGCCAUCCUCGUCUUCACAGUCGUCACCAUCAUAUUUCUUCCUCUUUCGUUCGUCUCCUCUUUCUUCGGCAUGAACUUCUCCGACAUUCGCGACAUGGAAAGGACGCAGAGACUCUUCUGGAUCGUCGCAGGGAGUCUUACCGUAGCGACUGUGGCCUUCUCUAUCUUCUUAGCCUUCUACGGGGGUGCUAUUGUGGACUGGCUUGUGGCGUGGCGCGACGACAGAAGACGGCGUGCUGAACGGAAAAGCAGGAUCAGAGACAGGGAAAGAGCCCGAAUGGGAGAGGGGACGGCGACUGGUUUUCGCAGUUUCGAAGUGCUCGAUGUUCUACGACCGUCGCGCAGUGAUUUGAACGGGACAUACUAA